CUCACACACACUCACUCACACACACUUUGGAGGAGGAAGAAGACGCACCGAAAGACGCACGAAGGUCAGCGGCUUUUUUACUCAUAUUCUGCGGUUUUUUCCCCUCCUUUCUCUUAACGGCAGUCGAGAGAGAAAAGUUUCCAGAAACAGAGAGGAGAGGAGAGUGGCUCGGUCUGAGCACGCAAACACAAGCAGGCGCGCUUCUUUUUGUCUGUGUGCGCCUUGGAGAUAAUUCUUGUCUUUAUUCGUCUUUUGAAUUUAGAUUUUUUUUCCUCUCUUUUGAAUUUUACGCACUUCGCUGCUGCUGCGGGACCUCUCCUUUGCGGGUUUCUUUGUGCGCAAAUUGACACUCAGGAGUGGUAGUGUGAAAAGAAGAAGAAGAAGGAGGAGAAGGAGAAAAGGGAAGACGAGGAACCGGACCAGGGCGGACCAGAGGGGGGCAAAAACUCACCAGGUAUGGCAGCGGUGUUGCCGAGAACCCUGGGUGAGCUGCAGCUCUACAGGAUCCUGCAGCGGGCAAACUUGCUCUACUACUAUGAGGCCUUCAUCCAGCAGGGCGGUGACGACGUGCAGCAGCUCUGCGAGGCCGGUGAGGAGGAGUUCUUGGAGAUCAUGGCCCUCGUCGGCAUGGCCAGCAAGCCGCUGCACGUGCGCCGCCUGCAGAAGGCACUGCGAGACUGGGUCACCAACCCCGCCAUCUUUAACCAGCCCCUCACCUCGCUGCCCGUGUGCAGCAUCCCCGUGUACAAACUGCCCGAAGGCUCACCCACGCUGCUCAGCGCUCAGGACCGCGCCAGUACCGCCAGCGUCAAGAUGCCCAAAGCCAUCGCCGCCGCCUGCUCUGACCCGGGGAAGCUGGACGUGGCAAGGGACAAAGUGUCGGCCGGAUCACCACUGCAGGGCAGCAGCGAGGUGAGGUUCUGGUCGGGCCACAGCAAUGAUAGCGAGCACAGCCUGUCUCCGUCAGACCUGGGCUCCCCAUCUUCGCCCAGAGAGGCUUUAGAAGCUCUGGACGCAGCCGCUGUCCAGUCGGUCAUGGAGUGUGUGGACAGAAUGGCGCCUGGCCUCCCAAAGGCGGACCUGGCUGAGGUAAAAGAGCAGCUGAAGAACAACAAGAAGCUAGGAAAGAUGAUCGGACACAUCUUUGAAAUGAGCGAUGAUGGUCCGCGAAGGGAGGAGGAGAUCCGGAAGUACAGCGCCAUCUAUGGACGCUUUGACUCCAAGAGGAGGGACGGCAAGCACCUGACGCUUCACGAACUGACGGUGAACGAAGCGGCGGCACAGCUCUGCAUGAGGGACAUGGCUCUGUUGACACGCCGCGACGAGCUGUUCGGACUCGCCCGGCAGAUUUCCAGGGAGGUCACCUACAAAUACACCUACCGCACCAGCAAGUCUCGCUGUGGAGACCGAGACGAGCCGUCACCUAAAAGAAUUAAAACAGAGGAGAACUUCUUCGACAUCCAGGAGGCGCUGCAGGCCAUCCACAUGCGACAGGAGAUGCUGAGGGAGCAACUGGCGUGCGCCAAGUCGAAAGGAGAGGAAACCGUUGGACGAAACCUGCAGAUGCAAUUGGAGCGUCUGCUGGCGAGGCAGAUGGAGAUCCUGCAGGAUGCCGCUGUCCAGGAACGACUCCAGGCUCUGGACUGGAGGAUCCCCCCCGCCGCCUUAAAGUACCUCAACAAUGCACAGAACACCAACGGAAACGCAGCCGUUGACGCCAGCAGAGACAGCCAAGAUGAACGACCAAUAAACUUGCGGGUGGUAAGUCAGAACAUGCAGGAAGGCGACCUCCCACUGGGGAAGCAGCUAGCCAAUGAACUGAAGCGCCAUCACAACCACAUCAACAGCAACAACAGCAACACAGAUGAGACCAAAACACCAGCAAUAGAAAAUGGAACGUCACAGCGGGCGUCCACGAACGCAGAGAAGAAGACCAUCAAGUCAGAGCCUGAAGACUCCACAUAGUGCCUCCCGCCUCACCAUUCGACCCCCGCCCCCUUAGUACCCCGCCCCACUUCAUUCUACUCACACUUGACAGUAUGCAGUUACUAUCCAUCAAUAGAUACUAAGCAAGCACAGACACAGUAGAGCCUUAACAACCAAUGUUGCCUCAUGAAUAGCAUUUAUUUUUCUUUGAUUUAGUAUGUUUGUUUCUUUGUUUUCAAAGGUAUCUGCCAAAGCACCUAAAGAGCAUUUUGAGAAGUUCUUCAGUGCUCUCUGGUCUUUGUCUGUUGAUUAGUUGUACACAUUAGAUGUACCUGUAAUUUAAGAGUAAUCUGUUGCAGACAUUUGUGUCCUCUUUACCUCUGCCUUGGUGUUGGUUUUCCUGCUUUUUUUGGACAGCCAGAGUGCAGGCUGUGAUGCUGGGGCUGAAUCUUAACUCACGCGUAGAUUCAAAGAUGGGGGGAAAAGCUAAUUUCUGGAAAACUUUUGCCAUGGUGCUGUAAGUUUAGCUUCUUGAUAACACUUUAUAUUUCCCAAAUCUGAAAGAGAACGUUAUCAGAUUUGGCAUUUAUUUAUUAAAUAUUUAA